CACCUGGACGUCCUGGGAUGCAGAGAUGCCCAGCCGGCGGAUCGAUCGCUGUACUCUCCGAUCUCGCCAACCGCCAAUAGUUACGUCAACAUGCAACACUUUCCGGCUGCUUCCGGCGGCGGCGGCGGCAACAACACCACUGGGCCCGGUUACGUGCCUUACUCGAGGCCUCCGGCUCCGUUGCCCGAGGCGGCCAUGUUGGUAGAAGACCAACAGCAACAACAUUAUCCAGUCAGUCCGAUGCAGAGCUUGUCCGUGUCGUCGCCUUCGUGGCAAUGGCCCGACACUAGCGCCUCUAGUUCGUCUUUGGCCGCGGCCCAGGCGCAAGCAGACGACGAGGAGACUCACUACGCCUCGCAGCUGCGCUCGUCGAUGGCCGCCCUCCUGCACGGCCACAUCCGCCAAUCGUCGACGGCCUCGAACGCCUCCUCCACCUUCUCGUCCUACUCUGACGAAUUCCGCUCGCCCACCGAUGCGUCCGCCGCAGGGGUAGGCAAUUUGGGCAUUCCAUCGGCGUCUGCGGCGGCCAAUUGCGCCAUCAGUCGUUACGCGUCCAACAAUCCGCCAGCGUGCGAGUCCGGCUACGAGACGUAUGCCGAUGUCGGCGGAUGCUAUGGCAGUUAUCAUAACAACGCAGUCAAUCCGGCCAUGUUAGCGGCCGCCGCCAAUCCGUCGAGUUCGCCGCCUCCUCCGCUCCCGCCAGUACGUGACGCUUCCAGCUUGAAGUACGUCAAAUACGGGCCGGGCCACGAGAAGCACCCGUCGUGGCCGAUGGCCAACAACAGCGGCAUGACGACGGCCAACAAUCAGCAAGCCGGUCCGCAACAGGCCGGAAGUCAGCGGAGUAAAUCGUGGACGGAGCAAACGGAUUACCCGAAGGAACCGGCCGCCUCGUACGCUCGUCCGCUGCCAUCCGUCCGACCGGCCUACAGUCAGCAACUCAAGACGGUCAUGGAGAAUUGCGAGCGCAUCCCGCCCGAAGUGUAUCAAGCCACGGCGGCCGGAAGCGAUCACCACAUGAUGGAGCCUCGUGCCGGCUACAUCCUGCCGUCGUACGACUGCGACGGGCGCAACAUCGACGACAAGGACUACACGAUCCCUUCGCCUCCCGAACGCGACAUCAGCGGCCCCCGCUUGACCCUGUACAACGCGGCCAACGGCAACAGCGCGGCCGCUGGGGGGACGGACAGGCCCGGAUCGACUUCGGACGGAUCGGCCGGAGGCGAUUACGCCAAAUACGACGACAUCCAGCAGUACUCGCAUUCCGAGGGCUAUUCCAGCUACGUCCCGUCCGAGUCGAGUUACGUCAGCGUGAGCGGAACGCCCCUGCUGGAUCAAUUGCGGCGUUGCGACAGUGACGACCGCAGCCACGAGAGCAGAGGGGCAGGAGCCGGAGCUCAGGUCGGAGCCUUUAAAGACGCGCAGCAGAGCGGCGGAAGGGAUUCCGUCUCGACUGUGGUGACGCACAGCAGUUCGAGCAACAGCUCGAACGAGACGCUGCGCUGGCACGGCUCGUACAGUGAUAUUAGCGUCCUCUCCGGCCGUUCGGGUGUCCAGCAUCAGAGCGAAGCGGCCGCUGCGGCCGCCCUUGUCGUCCACAGCGCCAAAGUGCAGGCGCCGCAGCGGCACAAUUCAGAGAGCGUCCUCUACUACGAGCAGACGGCCGGUGCCGUCGCCGGACCCGCCACCCCGCCCGCCUGUCCGGCAACGUCGGCCAAAACGAUCAACCGCAUGGGCGGAUGGAGUCAGCGUGUGGAGCGCAAGAAUCAGUGGAACGCGGUGCAAUCGAGUUGUAAACAAGCGUCGGCCGCUCUGCCCGAAGAAUCUUCCGUUUCGUCGACGUGUCUCACAUCCGCACCGGAUGGAAUUCCGGCCACGCUUUCCGUUGCCGAGAGAAUCCAUCAGCUGGAAUGGCAGUCGCGUUCCGUUCCCAAUUUAUCGAAAGGGAUGGAUUCUCCGCAACGCCCCGCCUGCCAACCCGGGGCACCCGGUGGGGCGCCUACCCGCCCGACUGGCCUUGCGCUUUUAACCAAUAGCUGUGAUCCGCUUUCUCCAUCUACCGGAGGCAGCCGGAGUAGCAGCAGCAGCAGCAGCAGCAGUUCGAGUUCAAGUUCGAGUAGUUGUAGUGCCGUCGGCGUUGCGUCUCCCGAUAAGGACGUCAGUGAUCCGCUGCGCAAGUACACGUACCUCGAUCCGGAUAAGCGGAUGCGUGUGGCCGAUCCCACUUUGAAAGCCAUUCAGAAACAAGCGCUCUUGUCCUACUACGAACGACACGCCGGCCGUUCCAGCAACGCAUCCAAGUCUCCACCGCCGCCAGCUCUGCCCAGGACCAUGGCCUCCGCUUCCGUUUCGCCAACACAUCCGGCCAAGAAUGACGUCCAACCAGCUGGGAGCGUCAACAAUUCUUCAAACUCGUCCGAACUUGUUUGUUCGAAUGCGGCGUUAGUGGCGGUUGAAUCCGGUGGUUUGUUGCCUCCGGCUGCGUCCAGAAAGAGUCACCUAAACGACGUGGUUGUUGUGCCUAUGAUGGCCAACAACAUCAACAACAACCGUCCCGAGAGGGGAUUAAUCCCGCCGGAACGGCCACCCAAAAAACCGCAUUUAAGAGCCGGCGGAAGCACGGGCGGAAUCAGUCCCGAUCAGGAAAUGCGCCGCAUUGAAGCCUCUGUCCAAGAAUUGAUGACAUUAAAUCAACAACAACAACAACAGCAGUCAAGGCAAGUUGUUGCUCCACCUCCGCUUCCGACGACCAGGAAACCUCCGGCACCUGAUCCGCCCGUAUCGCCGCAUCAGAGGCCGUCCGGUCCUGCCACCAGUCCGGUGACGGACAUGCAAGUGAUGCGGAGCGCCAGUCCCGAUUUGCCACCGCCUCCUCCACCGACGAUCGACCGCGCCGACGAGGAAGUAGCCGAUUGUGAAGAUCCGCUUCCUCCGCCACCUCCGCACGUUGUUUUGAUGGACGAUCUUCCGUCAACGGCGGAGACGACGCUCGACGACCAAACACCUUCUCCUACACCUACACCGACUGCUCUUCCCGUUGCUCAGUUGGCCUCCACGUAUCAUCACGAGUCUUACAUGGCCCACCGCAAGGGCCACCACAGUCCCAAUGGCGGCUACCACAGGCGAUCGGCCGAUAAUCUCCUGGAAUCCUCCAUGACCUCACACGCUUGGGAGAAGCAUUACAAUGUCCGGCAAGGAAGUUCGGCUGCGACGACGCUGAUUUUCUCGUCGGCGGAAGCCCUUCACAUUCAGCCCAACCCGCCGGAGUGUUCGAUUCAAGAGUCGAGCAAGUUGACUCCCCCGCCGCUUGUCGAGUCGAAAUCGACGUACAUAUCGGAGCUGACGAUCCAGACGUCGGCCGUGCCGCAGGCGGAGACGCUUUCAGUUGCCCAGCAACCGGACGCUCGUCCCACUACGCCGCAGCACACGUACCGGUCGUUGAUGAACGCCAAAGCCGAGCGCUUCAAUUACCUGCGUCAGGUGAGCGAAGGCCGGCCAUAUCCAUCAACGUCGUCAUCGUCGACGGGCAAUUCGAAAUUGUCGGACCCGGGUCCGCCCAAGUCGCUGAUGGAUUUGAACUUGUCCCGAGCUGCUGGAGGAGUCCAUCAGAGGAGCCAUUCGGAUAGCGACAGCCCGUCGUCAGCGUCGGCGUCCAUCCUUCCGCCCAAACCUCCGGUGCCGCCCAAAGUGGCCCCUCCGCCGCGACCCAAGCGCCCCGAAGAGGUUGAAUGCGAUCAGCUGAGCAAGGAUCUCAUCAACGACCUGCUGCCAUCCGAUUCCAGGCUCCACGCUUUGCUCAGCGUUCCAGAUCCGGCCCAAGCGGCCGCCUGCCUCCGCACCGAAGGCCUCCUCGAAGUGACUCCGCCCGCCGCUUCGCCCCUCUUCCUUCAAGUCACUACACCUACGCCUCCCCCUGCCACGACCCCAACUUCGCCCCAACAUUCAUCCGCCGCCUCGCCGCAGCCUCCGCUGACGUCACACACGACCUCAUCCACCUCGCCAAAAUCCAACAGUUGUGCACCUCUGCCCGCCACGUCGGCCUACUUUACUACGUCGGAACCGAGAGCUAAAUUGUUAACGCGUUACCAUAGCAACCACAUCUUAAACGGUCUCGAUGGCAACGGCUCCACUGGUGGAAUGCAGUACGGAAGAAAUGGAGAUCCCGUCGAUUCCGAGUUGCUCAUUAAGAAAAAGGAGGAGCUAGUGUCCCGAUUGGCCCGCAAACUGGACGUGCUGCGUUUGGAACGCGAGGCCAUCCAGGAGGAGGUGGAAGCCAAUGAAUUGCUGGGCCGUUCGGUGACGAGCCGAGUGGCUUGCGUAGCCACGCCGGCCGAGACCAACAAGGUCUUCCUCCACGUCGCCGAAGUGGACAAGAUCACGGCCCUUCUUUUAGCUCUGGCCGGCCGUUUGGCCCGAGCCCAAAACGCCCUCCAUUCGUUGCCCAACGAAAUUGAAGCCCAAGAAAAGAUGGUGUUGGAGGGCAAGCGAGACAAAUUGCUGGAGCAGCUGGAAGAGGCUAAACGAUUGAAGGAGAAUAUCGACAGACGCUCUCGUCAGGUGUCUGGAUUGCUUUCCAAAUACCUGACGGAAGAGGAGUUUGCCGAUUACAGCCAUUUUGUCACGAUGAAAGCCAAAUUGGUCAUUGACCAGCGCGAAAUUGACGAGAAAAUCAAGCUGGGCGACGAGCAGCUGGCCGCUCUUAGAGAGACGCUUCAUUUCCGACCCAGAGUUUAAUUUACAAAACAAAUGAUGGGAAACAUUUUGUUUUUUUGUUUUGUUCUUUCUAUGUUUUAAAUAUUAUUUGUUCCUUUCAAGUCAAAAAAGAAAUUUGAAUGAUUCAAUUUUCUUCGUUCGCUUCUUUUUAUUUUUAUUUCUUUUUUUUUUUUCACUCUGGUCGCUGCUUAUUCACUAAAGGCUGGACUUAUGUUGGCCUCGUCAGCUGUGACCGACAUUCGUUUAUCCGUUGGUUCGUCUUGACGAUCCCUUUGUUGCUCUCGAUCAAUUAUGAUUUCUUUUCUUUAUUUGUCUAUACUUGUAAAUUUGUUGUGUUCCCCGACAUUAAUUGCUUUUCAUAUUUUUCGUGAAAACAACAACAAAAUAACAGACAUUGGUGAUCAAUCUUUCUUUAUAAUUCGGUGGGUUUGGCCGCAAUUUGCAACGUGUUCCGUUUCCCUUCUACUUUGUAUUUGUACAGUUUUCGUGGCGUAGGACGAAAAGAAAAACGCCAACGCCUUCUUUUAUUUUUAACUUGUUCUUUUCUUUGUGCAACCCUUUUUUUUUUAUUAUUUUAAAAAAUCUUUAUCGUCUUUUCUCCUACGUCCUGAAUUUGUAACGGUUGUUAAAUAACGGCGAUCUCAAUCCCCUCCUCCCCUUUUAUCUGCUUUCAGUUUCUCUCUCCGUCUCUCUCUUUUUUUCUUUUUUCAUUCGAAAAAAUUACUAUUAUUAUUAUCGAUUAUUAUCCCAUUUUAUAUUUGCGGCAAUUUGUGUUUGCACAUCCUUCUUUUUCAUUUUGAAACGAAAUAUCGUACCGGCAACGUCGCCUUGUUUUUUUCUUUUUCUCUGUCGUCUGCUUUCUCUCAUAUUUCGGUUGGGUCAUUUCUCUUUGUCUCACUCACGUCUUCGUUUGUUUUUUUAACCACACACACACACACAAAAGUCCCUUGGAAAAAUGUUAUCGAUUUUUUAAAAUGAUAUUUACCAAAUGUGGGGAGGGUUUUUUAAAGAAAUGGCGGAUCACAUGCUGUUCACUAGCCGCUUUCCGUACUGCUUUUGUUUUCUCUUUGAUUGGCCGAUGUCCUUAAAAUGUUGUCAGGAAAGAAAGAACGUGCCUUAAAAUCUUUUCAAAGUUGUUUUUGAUGAGGGGGGAAGAAAAAAGAAGAAACUUGAAAAGUGAUGUUUCUUUUCUGUCUUUCAAUGUUUUGUUUUUUCUCUUUUCUAAUUUCCUUUUGUCUUUCCUGAAUUGUGCGGGGAGAUGGGGGGUUGAGAAGGACAAUGGAGGGCGAACACCCUUUUUUUUUCUAUAUAUUUUAUACAUAAUUAAUCGACAACCAUUAUUUGCUUGGCGGAAUUUCGAUGUUUUUGAAUGUCUUGUAUCUUUUUUUUUUUUAUUGGAUGAAACUCCCAAAAACGAAGAGAAAAUAAUAGAACGACAUAUAAAAGAAACAAACAAAAAAUCCAUUUCAAUUGUUGUUUUAAAUCUUCUAGACACCAACUAAUAAAGGUUUAUGUAGACAUUUCAGAAA